UCACGUGAUGAGGUUGGAUGUAUGAAAAUAUUUUAGACUCGUCUCGGAAGAAUUAAACAAACUUUCUCGAUUUAAUUAAAGUUAUGAAGGAGUCAUGAUGGUAAAUAUAGAAAAUACAUCAGAUGAAGGGAGUAUUUUGCGCAAGAUGGGAGACGACUGUGUAGUUUAUCAUUCUUCAGUCACUUUCCAAGACUAUUUGGAUGAUAGCCUGGAAUCUUUCACCGAUCGAAUCUUCGAUAAUGAAAGAAUCAGAAACGAUGUCGAUCAUUUCGAUCAGAACCUUAAUAGUAAGGUUGAUAACAACGUGGAAGAACAAGAAAAUGCCGGAUAUAUUCAGCAUACCAUAUCUGCUGAUCAGAUAUGCAUGCAGAUUAAUCCUGGUAAUGUUCCCAUGCCAAAGAAUCCUUCUCAUGCAAUAUUAACAAUAGAAAGUAGAAACCAAGAAACAAAAAAGAAAGAAAUUAAAAGAUUUCGUUGUGAUUAUGAGGGAUGUUCACGUACUUACAGCACUGCUGGGAAUCUCAAGACUCAUCAGAAAACUCAUACUGGUGAAUAUACAUUUGUUUGUGCAGAAGAAGGAUGUGGGAAAUCCUUUCUUACUUCAUACAGCCUGAAAAUUCAUGUUAGAGUUCAUACAAAAGAAAAGCCAUUUGAAUGUGAUGUAACUGGUUGUGAAAAAGCAUUUAAUACAUUGUACAGGCUAAAAGCUCAUCAAAGGCUUCAUACUGGUAAAACUUUCAACUGUUCUCAAGAAGGUUGUCUCAAGUUUUUUACAACUCUUAGUGAUUUAAGAAAGCAUAAUCGUACUCAUACAGGAGAGAAACCAUUCAGAUGUGAAGAAAAUGGAUGUGGUAAAUCAUUUGCAGCAAAUCAUCAUCUAAAAACUCACAUAAGAACUCAUACAGGUGAAAAACCUUAUUCAUGUACACAGGGUGGAUGCCAAAAAUCAUUUUCUACACAAUAUAGUUUAAAAACACAUAUGAAUAAACAUGAUAGACUUCAAGAUUCAAAUGAGACAGAAAUUAGUAAAGAAAGUCCUCUUACUACAGAAGAACUUAGCACAAGUGCACAAGUUUUACUAUCUUCUAUGUGCAACAACAAAACAAAGAGUGACACUUCACAAUCAAUGAUAAAUAUCCCUCUCUCAGCUCUCAAUGUAGAUGCAACUGUUUCAGAAGGAGUAACAGCAUAUGCAUUGAUUCCAUUGGGAAAUGUUAAUCUAGUAAAACCAUCAAAUGGUUUAGAAGAAGUACAGUCAAAUAAUUCAUCUAUGACUAGAUUAUUUUUACCACCGAAUGUAACUUUUAAUGCUUCUCAGUUAGAAAACAUGAAUAGUGUUCAACUAGUACCAGCUACAAACUUUAUAGAUAGCAUUGACAAUUCCCAAAUUACUUCUAACAUCCAACAGCUGGAAAUAAAUCAGUUAACAGCUUCUGAAAGCCAGAACAACCAGGAGAAAGACAAUGUAGACAUCAUCAGUGCUUCAGUAAUCGAAGCAGAAAUCUGUAAAUGUGAACCAUCUGCUUGUCAAAAAGAUGGAAAGGGAUGUUGUUCGGGAUGCCCCUCCGAAAAUGAUUGUGUGGAAGGAAUUCCACUAAAUGUGGAAAAUUCGGGCAAUUACGACAAAAUUCAACAAACUGUCUCUUCAUUUCCAGGAUAUAUCACAAAUAUUUUAGAUGUUCCUGGAAGUCAGGUGCUUGCUUCUCUGGAUGAAGAUAUCUGUAAUUCCAAUGAAGAUAUUUUAAAUCAAGAAUUGCUGUUUGAAGCUUGAAUGUGCUUUUCUUUCCACAAAAUUUAAGUUGAAUUUUUGUAUAAUUUUUUUUCAUUUAAUAGCUUAGUUUUAUUCAAAUAAAGAAACAUUUUGUAUUUAACUAACAUAAGAUCAUGCAUGUUUAACAAAAUAUUAACACAUUUGUUGAUGAGAAAGAGCCAAUUCACAAUCUAAAUAUAAAAUUCCAAAAGGAAUAAGCUUAUGUAAAAUGUAAAAUUUACAUAAUUACAUGUAUAAGUUAGUUUGUAAGAUGAUGGCUCUAUUCAAGUUAAUACAAAAAAGAAAAAAAAAAGAAAAACCGUCCAGUAUUUGAUUUUUGUAAGUCAUUACAAAAGCUAAAUGUUCUACCAAGUAGCUUAUUGUUUAUUUGAAAAAUAAUGCAAUAUAUAUAUAUAUACAUACAUACAAGAGGAUGCUCUAUAAACUUGCAAGGAGUGAUUACAGAACUAAAUUUUAGAAUAAAUCAUGGUUUAAAUUCACCUCUGUCCAGAUUAUGACCAUAGCUUUUGAAAUGGCUGAUGAGAGUUUGAUGAUUAACAACAGUUAUUUGUUUGCAUAAAGGAAAGAUUAAAUGACUGAGGCUUAACCUGUGAUUUAGGCUAGACUUUGUUUCUGCAAUUGUUCUAAACAGUUUUAAAUUUUUAACAAUUUCUAAAGGAGAAAUUUAAAAAUGUUAUGGAAAAGGUUAUCCUCAAAUUAUGCUGAGAGCACAAUUUUAUCCAAAUUUUUUUCAAAAGAAAUUUUGCCAAAUGUCUUAUAUUUAUAAGUAUUUUGAACAUGCUAGAAUAGUCAUAUACCAUGUUUUCUUGAUUCUGAUAUGCCAUUUGCCAUUGAAUUGAAUAUGCAUCCAAGUUUUGACAUACUUGAAAAAAGUUAUAGGGCAUGCAUUACAUUUGCAAGUUAUCAAAAACACAGUUGGAAAAAGUUAAUGCUUCAUGAUGUCCACAUUUUUGGAUGUAUUCAUUUAUGACUCCCUUAUCAAGUACAGAAAUUUAGUAUAUAAAAAUAUUUUUACACACUAAAUUUGAUGUAGACAUUAAGAAAUCAAGUCAAAAAUUAUCAUACAAUCAACAUUUUAAUAUUUUGUGUUGGUAUGCACAAACAAAAUUUAUCUGAUAUGUACAGUAUAUAGCAUCACAUUGAAAUAUUGUGUACAUGUUUUUGGCAUGGUGGAAAACUCAGCUUAAAUACAGCUUUUUAAGCAAUUUGUCUGCUAGACAUCAUUCACUCAGCUUGCUACACUUCAAAAGACCAAAACUAUUCCAAAACCAAAAUUAAAACUGAAGUAGUGGGAGAGAUAUAUAUUACAAUGUCAAUGUAGAUGUGAUAUACAUGAAUUGCCAAGCAGAGUGAAGAGCAAAUGACACUGCAUUAAAUCAACUUUGUGCCCAAUUCUAAUGCACCCUUCAAUCUUUUGAGACCGAGAAAAAUGUAAAAAAGAUGCAGAUAGAAUUGAGAAAGCAUGGUAUUAUAGUAACAUUUUAUACAGAUGAAAACUUAUGUGGCAAUUUGAAAAUUAUGUUGAUGUCAUUUUUCAGCAAAGUAUUAUGAGAUUUUUUUGUCUAAUGAGAAAUUACUCUCCAUAUCCAAUUAUUGUUCUUCCAUGUUAAUAUUAGUAUAUGAAUAUAUCUGUGAUAAUAAAUUAGUUUUGUCAAUAUUUGAAAUGACUAGUUUUGUCUCUCUAUAUCCAUAU